AUGCCAGCGGCCAGGACGAUAUCGAAACGGAAGCGACGCGAUCAUCACGAGGCGAGUCGCAGUCUGAUCAACUUGGCGUCGACAUUCAGCGACGACGAGAAGGUGAUGUAUCGCAUCAACAAGACGCUUCAGAAUCAUGCGAGAAAAGUGGCGAAGUGCAAACGAGACGGCGUCGAUUGGUCGGUGGAGGACUGCGUUCACAAGAUGGAGCGCCUCAUCCGCAAGCUUCCGCAGAAGACGCGACGUCAAGCGUGGAGGAACGCCGGACCGAAUCUGCAAAUGUUCUACAAAUUAGAGAAAAUUGUUGCCAAUUGCGAGGAGCUUGAGAAAGACACCAGAAGGAAGCGAAUAAUUACGGCGAUCAUGAAAAAGGAGAGGAAACGGUGCGGAAAGGCAAAGGAUGUUUCUGAUAGUGAAGAUGAAGAGGAAACACUUACGAGGCUAGGGAUUAUUGGGAAUCGAGGCGAUGAAGGCUCCGAACUGGAGAUCGAGGUUCCCAGCUUGACCGAAUCGGAGGAUAGCACUGAAGAAAGCGAGUCGUCCGAAGAGCAAAUCAAGAGCGAGAGUGAAAAAUGA